ACUGCAGCGCAAGCAGCAUCGCAACACAGAAGAAGAAAAAGAAGAAGAAGAAGAAGAAGAAGAAAAGGCGAGAGCGAGAGCACCGCGAGGAUGUCCGCACUGGUGCACAGCGCGGCGGCGGCGGCGACCGACGCGACGCCGCCGAUGACGGAGCCGGCGGCGGUGACGCCCGGGCCGGCCGCGGGCGCUCCGGGCAGCCCCGCGCGCCACUUCGUCGACUGUAAAUUCUACCUGCUGGUGGUCCUCGGCGAGGUGGUCGCGGAGGACCACCUCAAGUGCGCCGUGGCCGACAUCGAGAGGGGCAUUCGCUCGUGGGACGCGAAUCUGAUGGACUGCAACCUGGACCAGGAACUCAAACUUUUUGUCUCCCGACACUCGGCGCGUUUCUCCGCAGACAUCAAAGGGCAGCGCAUUCUUCAUCAUAAGAGCAACGUGCUGGAGACAGUGGUGCUCAUCAACCCUUCAGACGAAACCGUCAGCACCGAGGUUCGAUUGAUGAUCUCCGACUCCGCCAGGCGCAAGCUUCUCGUCCUGUCGGGCCAAUGCACCGAAAGCACCGGCGAGCUCAUACUUCAGUCCGGAUCGUUUUCCUUCUCCAAAUUCAUCGACAUAUUCACGGACCAAGAGAUCGGCGAACUGCUGAGCACCGUUCACCCGGAAAACAAAGCCAACUUGACGCUCUUCUGCCCCGAUCAAGGCGACUGGAAAAACUCCAACCUAGACAAACACAACCUCCAAGACUUCAUCAACAUGAAGCUGAACCCGACGCUCAUCCUCCCUGAAAUGGAGGGCCUCUCCGAGUUCACCGAGUACCUGUCCGAAUCCGUCGAGAUCCAGACGCCUUUUGACAUGCUGGAACCUCCGGCCUCCGGUGGGUUCCUCAAGCUCUCCAAGCCGUGCUGCUACAUCUUCCCCGGCGGCCACGGCGACUCCGCUCUCUUUGCCGUCAACGGCUUCAACAUGCUCGUCAACGGCGGCUCCGACAGGAAGUCGUGCUUCUGGAAGCUGGUGAGGCACCUAGACCGCGUGGACUCCAUCCUGCUAACCCACAUCGGCGAUGACAACUUGCCGGGCAUCAACAGCGUGCUGCAAAGAAAGAUUGCGGAGCUGGAGGAGGAGCAGUCACAGGGAUCGACGGCGAACAGCGACUGGGUGAAGAACAUGAUCUCGCCGGAUAUCGGCGUUGUGUUUGUGAAUCUUCCGGAAAAUUUGGAAAGCCCCGAACCUAAUUACAGAGUGCGCAGGAAUCUCGAGGAGGCGGCGGCUACUCAGCGAUUCCUCACUAAGCUGAAUCUGAGAACGGAGCCACUGCAGCGGCCUGUCGGAAACACGAUUGAACCCAUUAUCCUUUUUCAGAAGAUGGGCGUGGGGAAGCUCGAGAUGUACGUGCUCAAUCCGGCGAAGAACAGCAAAGAGAUGCAGCAUUUCAUGAAGCAGUGGACAGGAAGCGGAAAGGACACCGCUUCUAUGCUGCUGCCGAACGGGAAAGAGGCGGAGUUCCCCAUAUCUUACUUGACUUCUGUAAGCUCACUCAUCGUGUGGCACCCCGCGACCCCCUCGGAGAAAGUGGUGCGCGUUCUCUUUCCGGGAAAUGCCAGCCAGCGGCACAUCUUUGAAGGUUUAGAAAAGCUGAAGCACCUCGAUUUCUUGAAGCAGGCCGUCGUCACUCAAAAAGCAAUGCCUGUCGACCUGCCGGCGACGCCGACACUGAAGCAAGCCAAGAUGAAAAACCGAACAGACAGCAAAGAGAGCCUGAAGUCCACCCCGAAGCAGUCACCAAGCAAAGGUAUCAGGAAGGAAUCCAAGGAGGAGGUGGCAGAGAAAGCCAAGGCAGAUGCCGAUGAGCUGUCUCAUGAAAAGCAACAAAAGACAGAGAAGAAAGAAAAGACCCCCCUGAGGAAGGAACGGGCACAGGCCCCCGAGAAAGAAGCCAAGGUAAAACCAGACCAAACGUCCCAGAGAGAAACACCAGAAAAAAAGACGUCUCUCAUCAAAGUGAAACCUGAAAGGGAGAGGAUUGCCAAAAAAGACAUUAAAAUAUCUCCGGAGAAGAAAAAGGAGCUUAAAAAAGACCUAGCCAAAAAAGAGGACACGCCUAAAAGAGAGAUUAAGAAAGAUGAAAGGGUGAAGAGAGAGGAAGCGAAGAAGAGGGACGUCAAAAGGGACGUCAGGAGAGAUUCUCCCAUGAAGGAGAAAAAGGAUGAAAAGAGGGAGCCGAAGAAGGAUGUUAAAAAGCUGUCAAAAGACACCAAAAAGGUAUCUGCUUCUGGUGAAGACAAAGGCCUGUCCCCCAAACCAAAGUUCCUGAAAAAAGAUGUGUCAAGGAAAGACGCAGGCACACCCUCAAAGCUGAAAGCCAAAGGAGCUUCAAAAGCGCCAAAGGCGGAUGCUGCCAAAGAUGCCACUGCCGAAGUUGUUCUUACGGUGGACCCGGAGGCAGAGAGGGCUGCUAUGUCUUCCCCUGAAGACCUCACGAAGGACUUUGAAGAGCUCCGAGCAGAAGAUCUGGUGGAAGACGCAGCGGCUGUACAAGACACCGUCGAAGAAGAGGCUGCGAUGACCCACCGUAAAGAGCCGAUGCAGACCAAAGAGUCCCCCGAGGCACUGGAGUCUGUCGAUGAGGGUAUCGCCACAACAGAGGCCGAAGGAGACAGUGGAGCGACUCCAGAUGAACAAGCUCUCAAGGGAAAACUCAAUGGCAGCGGGAGUGAGAAGUUUGAAGACGAGGGCAUGACGGAAGAAGCGUCCGACGGAGCAGAUUACGAAGAGAAAGGGGAAACCGAGAAGGUUCACGAGCCACAGAAAGUGGCAUCAAAUCAAAACGAGCCCUGUGAACGUCUUGAUGUUCGCGAACGUGUAGAUGAUCAGCACACGGGCGAAAGCAUAGCGGAGAAAAAGGAACUGACUUCUUCAGCAUCACCCAAAGAGUCAUCGCCCGUUUGCCCCGCCGCGUCCAUCCACGAUGAAAUGCUUCCGGCCGCCAUUGAGAGUUCAACUGCCUCAGACGAAGCGCCUGAAGAGUUUACAGUCACCUCUGGCCUCACGCAGUCCACCAUUGAGAUCUCCAGUGUGCCGACUCCCAUGGAUGAGAUGCUGACUCCGAGGGACGGCUUGAGCGACGAAAUGGGCAAUGACGGGACUGACUCGCCGUCGCCGGAGGUUGGCAGAUUUGGCAUAUCGCAAUCUGGAGAGGGUGAGAAGAACAAACUACCUUUACUUCAGAGUAAACCUGGUUCGGACUACUCCAAGAGCGAUGCAACGGAGGGCCAAGACUACAACCACACCGCUUCGACAAUAUCGCCACCAUCAUUAUUAGAAGAGGACAAAUUUCUUGGUGAAGGGAGAGCAGAAGGCUUUACCACACUUCAAGAAACAUUUGAAAAGCAGGACACAAAAUCGGCAAGGCUGGCCUCAACAUCACCUUUUGUGCAUUCGCCCACAAGUGACCAAAAAUACAACUUUGAUUCCCCGUCAAUGUUUGCCACCCCUAUUGAACUGUCCACCACCUUAGCAGGAUGCACCAGAGCAACAGGUGAUUCCACCCUCAGCCCAGAAGACAAAACAUUGGAAGGGGCAAGCUCCCCCCAGUCCUCCGGUCACACACCCUAUUAUCAGUCCCCUGUAGAAGAAAAAGCAGGAGCUCUGCCACCCAUGUCGGAAAACGAAGAUCAGGGUCCGAUUAUUGUCGAAGUUACAAGUGACAAAGAGGUCUCCUCCAACAGGGAUACACCUGAGCCUGAUGAGAGAGAGUUUUUCUCCCCGACGGAGAAGGUUGCCUCCUCUCCAAAAGGCCCGCCUUCAACUGAACUCGACUCCCCCAUAAAGAAGGAAAUGGAUGACAUCGGCCGAUCAGUCUUUUCCUCAACAACAUUGGCGAGACAGGAAUCGGAUAUUUAUUCCGUCACAGCUUUCAAAGAAGAGAGCAAAAUGUCCAUUUCCGAAGGCAGUGCAUCAGACAGGUCAGGCACACCUCUGGAGGAAGUGGUAGCAGAGGACGUGUUUUCGCAUUUAGCCUCAGCUUCCACUGCCUCGCUCGCCACCAGCUCUCUGCCAGAGCCCACCACUGACUCCCCUUCCCUUCACGCUGAGGUCGGCUCUCCUCACUCAACAGAAGUCGAUGAUUCUUUGUCCGUUUCCGUCGGUCAGACGCCGACUACCUUCCAUGAGGCGGAGGCGGCAUCUCCAUCCAAGGAGGACUGCCCUCGGCCCAUGUCCAUCUCCCCAGACACCUCACCAAAGACAAAAGCCAACACACAGAUGCAUGACACAAAGUCGCCUGAACAUUCUACCAUGUCAAUGGAGUUUGGCCAGGAGUCUCCCGACCACUCCUUAGCCCUUGACUUUAGCAAGCAAUCUCCAGAGCACCCAUCUGCAGGAAGCAACUCGCGCGCUACCGAGAACGGUCCGACUGAGAUUAACGACAGUCCUUCAGAUGUCGUGAGACCAUCCGAGGAGCAAAUCUCAACAGCCGAGAAGCAUUUGCUUUUUGACGACGCUGAUUCGGCUCAUGCUGCGUCUGUGACCCCGUCAGACGCAUCCCAGUCCACUCCCUCAGUCACAACCCCAUGCCAAAUGACAGAGUUGCCCCUGAUGGUUGAGCAGACGGACGGGUCUCCAGUCACCCCAAAGGCCGCCUCUUUCACCCUCUCUCCCCCCCAAUCUCCCCAUUCAAGUGAAGCCUCCCCAGUUUCAGGAGGUCCCGUGGAAAGAGACAUCAGCCCCACUUUGCCGUCUGCGGAGCACAAGUCUGACACACAGGAAAAGCUUGACAAACCCUCUGAAAUGCCGAAGGCAGCCUCUUUCACCCUCUCUCCCCCCCAUUCUCCCCAUUCCAGUGAGGCAUCCCCAGUCUCAGGAGGUCCCGUGGAGAGAGACAUCAGCUCCAUUUCACCAUCAGCGGAGCACAAGUCUGUCACACAGGAGAAAGUUGACAAACCCUGUGAAAUGACGAAGGCAGCCUCUUUCACCCUCCCCCCCCCCCAUUCUCCCCAUUCAAGUGAAGCCUCCCCAGUUUCAGGAGGUCCCGUGGAAAGAGACAUCAGCCCCACUUCGCCGUCUGCGGAGCACAAGUCUGACACACAGGAAAAGCUUGACAAACCCUCUGAAAUGCCGAAGGCAGCCUCUUUCACCCUCUCUCCCCCCCAUUCUCCCCAUUCCAGUGAGGCAUCCCCAGUCUCAGGAGGUCCCGUGGAGAGAGACAUCAGCUCCAUUUCACCAUCAGCGGAGCACAAGUCUGUCACACAGGAGAAACAUGACAAACCCUCUGCAACGACUUCCCUGUCAUCAUCAUCAUUAUGGUAUUCAGACGAAGGGAAACCUUUGCCAGAAAAGGAGACCAACCCAUUUAUAUGUGAAGAUUCAACAUUUGAAACGAAAUCUCCCAUAAAACCAAAAGACCAUUCCCAGUCACAUCUACCUCUGUCGUCAUAUGCGUGCACUUACAAUGCAGCCUGCAGCUUCAGAGAGCCAGAUUCCUCCAAGAUCAGUCCAUCUGGCAUGUCGAAGACAGAUGUCGACCUCUGUUUAGUCACGUCGUGUGAAUACCGUCAUCCCAAGACAGAACUCUCACCGUCUUUCAUCAACCCCAAUCCCCUUGAAUAUUUUAUCAACGAGGAGAGCGCCCUGGAGGAAGAGAAGCCUCUUGAGAUGGUGGGAGGAGGGCCUCCGCCUCCAGGGGGGAGGCUUCCCGUCAAGCAAUGUGAGGAAACUCCUCCCACAUCUAUCAGUGAAUCUGCCCCCUCGCAGACCGAUUCUGAUGUUCCGCCAGGGACCGAGGAGUGCCCCUCGAUCACGGCAGAUGCUAACAUUGAUUCAGAGGACGACUCAGAGACUCUGCCCACCGAUAGAACCCUCACAUACAGGCACGCGGAUCCUCCUCCAGUGGCACUCAGGGACUCGGCUCCAUCUGCGGGGCCCCAUGAUGUCUGCAUGGUCGAUCCGGAGGCCCUCAAAGCUGAAGAAAAUUGCCACAAUGCUAACACGGAAGCUGCGGAAAAGCCCAAGAAGAAAAAGCUCACAAAAAAGGCUUCCUCUCCAGCUCGGAAAACCGGUCUGUCAAAAGCGAAGGACUCAAAGAACGCCUCUCCUAAGAAGAGUGUCGGGGAGGGGAAAGACGCCAAAAAUGCAACCAAUACGUCGGCAUCUCGAGGUACCGGCGGGAAAGCAUCGAGUGUGGCAUCCUUACCCAACUGUCCGCCCAUGUACAUGGAUUUGGUUUACAUCCCCAAUCACUGCAAUGCCAAGAACGUGGAUGCCGAAUUCUUCCAGCGGGUGCGCUCCUCAUACUAUGUGGUCAGCGGCAAUGACCAGACGUCUCAGGAGCCCAGUCGGGCCGUCCUCGACGCUCUGCUUGAAGGGAAAGCCCGCUGGGAAAACAAUAUGCAGGUCACGCUGAUACCGACCCACGACACGGACGUGAUGAGGGAGUGGUACCAGGAGAGCCACGACAAGCAGCAGGAGCUGAACAUUAUGGUCCUGGCCAGCAGCAGCACGGUGGUCAUGCAGGACGAGUCUUUCCCGGCGUGUAAGAUAGAAAUGUAGGACAAGGUCGUUGAUUUUGGGAGCCUGUCGCCUUAACGAUGCGCGAACGUCACCGAGCGGUGGAGCCUGAAAACCGAAACAGUCACACCUACUUUCACAGACAUCAAAUAAAACACCCACAAUGCACGAAUAAAUCUCAACUCACGACUUUUCCGAGGAACUGCUACAACACCCUGAGACGAUCACAUUUUAGGUGAAAGAAAUGCAAAAAUACAUGUAUUGAUUUUCACUGUGUCCACCCAUCUUUUCAGUACAACACAAUGAGUUUCAGUCUUACCGGAUGGUUCAAGAAACAACAAGAUCUUCAAGAUCUUUGCCUUACUGGGAUGUUGAGUAAUGAAUGUAUCCGACAAAUAGAACACUAACGACACGCUAACGGACAAACAUCCUCGAAUGGUCGCACUUUUGGGAACACGGAGGCCAAAAUCCUGCGCUAAGGUGUUGUAAAAUAGUGAUGAAUAGCUGUGCGCAUGAAUUAGCAUUAGCUUUAUUCCUCAGACUUCCAUGAAGAAAUACAGGGCUUUGGGGCUUAGGGGGGCUUGAUCAAAGAAUGUGCAGAGUUGAGCCAGUCGUAAUUUUGGGUGCAGAUUUAGCGCUAAUUGACCUUCCGCAUAGCCACACCCUCGAAAUGCAGACCGGCCAAUCACAUAACGCUAUGCGGUCGUCUGCAUACUCAUUUGAAUCCCUCAAAAAUAAAUUUUGUCUGCAAUGAUCUUAGUAAUGUUCUUGUAUUAUCCAUGCACUAAUGCGACGCCAUCGUUAGUUAGCUCGUUAACAAAAAUGCUAGCCUCCUCGGGUGGGGCUUGGUUGCAAUGCGUGGGACCAGCGAACUUGGGCUAUUAAAGCUAACAAGCGUAGCUACUUUGCUCGUUAACCAAAAUGCAAACUCUACACUAUUAACAUGGGGCCCGGUUACGACGCGUUGCGGUAGUGAGCUCGGACCAGCAAAGCUAACCAGGCAGGCUAGCUACUUAGAUCAUUCAUCAAAAAUGCUACAGCUACGCUACUCAUGUGAGGCCUCGUUAUGAUCUGCGGCGCUAGCAAACUUUUCCAGCUAAGCUAACAGGCUAGCUGCGUGCGAUUACCUUCGGCCUACUCCUUUCCAUCCAAACAUUGAUUAAUUUAAGGCAGACUCAGCACAGUAUGUCAAUUAACGAGGCAUUUCUUGAGAAAUGCUCGGGAUUAGCGCUUCAACGCUCAAUGAUUUAGCCUAAAUGCAACCAGUUUCAAGGUGAAUGAGAGCGAAUGAUAAUUUGCAACACCAAAAAUGGACACGUAAAACAAAACGGGAACAACCAUACAGUGAGCCCACGUUCAUCGCGGUAAAUAUGUUCGUAAAACACCCACGAUAGGUGAAAAUCUGCGAUAGAGUGCGGGCGGGGCUUCACUGUACCGGAUGAAUAUUACCAACCGCUGGGCUAUUGCAACUCACCGGAUAUGUCUUAAAUAAAAGCCCGGGCUCGACGAUUGCGACCAAACACCAACUUUCAAUGACAAUACAGCAAAACUCUCACUUCUUCUUCUUCUUCUUCUUCUUGUUCAACUCUCUCUAAUAAUCUGCCUUUUUCCUCGCGUGGACGAUGUUUGUCUGCCGCGGCCGUGCGGUAUAUACUGUACUGUAUGUUUCUUGUGCUCUCACCACCGCCCUCGCACCUUCUUCAAACUCAUAUUGUACGUGAGCUCUCGCCAUUUGUUCCCAGUCAAAGUAUCCGUUAGCGCUUUCCGACUGUUUGUGUGCGAUGUGUAACAACCACCACUGCUGAAUGAUUCCAAAUUGCAAAACAUAACAAUAAAAAUGAA